AGUCGAUCAACGUGUCCUGUAGCUGGUUGGGGGGUUGUUUUCUAGGCCAGCUCCCUUUUCAUGCGACUGGUGCAUCUCCAUUGGAUAUCAUCCAGUUCAUUUGCAGCAGUCACUCGGCGUACCUUUUAUAAACCAUUACCAUCGCAUCUGACGCAUAAACGAGCACGACUAUUUUCAUUUUCGAUACGGGAUUGUAAACAGAUGGCGGAUUCUAUAGCGACAAAUGGUCCUGUUGCGAGUUCGAUUGGGGAUGAGGUGCCUAAAUCAAAGAAUGCUGAAAAGAAUGAGGCGAAGCGGUUGGCAAAGUUGGCAAAGUAUGAGGCCAAAUUGGCUGCUCAGGCUGCUGCUGCUCAGGCGGAUGGUGGUGUAAAGAAAAAGGAGAAAAAGAGCAAGGUAAAAGAAGUGGAGCCAGAGCCAGAGUUUGUGAAUACUACGCCAUCUGGUGAAAAGAAAGAUCUGAGUGGUCCAUGUCCAACCGCUUAUAAUCCUAAAGCUGUCGAAGCUGCCUGGUACGACUGGUGGGAAAAGUCUGGCUAUUUCAAGCCGGAUAUGCCAAACGGGAAACCCCGUCCCGAAGGCGUCUUUACGAUCCCGAUUCCACCGCCCAACGUAACGGGAGCUCUGCACUUGGGUCACGCACUGACCAACUCGAUUCAAGAUUGUUUGACGCGGUGGAAUCGGAUGAAGGGCAAGACGACCUUGUUUGUACCUGGAUGUGAUCAUGCUGGGAUUGCUACUCAGAUUGUUGUUGAAAAGCGAUUGAUGAAGGAGAGAGGUCUGAGUCGGCAUCAGUUGGGUCGAGAAGCGUUUUUAAAGGAAGUGUUUAAAUGGAAGGAUCAGUAUGGGUCCCGGAUUUAUGGACAAUUGCGGAGUGUGGGGAGUUCUAUGGAUUGGGACCGAGCAAGGUUUACUAUGGAUCCUAGUAUGGUGAAAGCGGUCAAUGAAGCCUUUGUCCGAUUACAUGACGAGGGCAUUAUUUACCGCGAAAACCGGUUGGUAAAUUGGGACACGAAACUCAAGACGGCUCUAUCCAACCUUGAAGUGGAAAACAAGGAGCUACCCGGGAGGACUCUGUUGAGUGUACCUGACCACGAUCCCAAGAAACAGUACGAAUUCGGUGUCAUUAUCUCAUUUGCGUACCCUGUUGAAAACUCGUCCGAGGAAAUUGUGGUAGCCACUACACGUUUGGAAACCAUGCUUGGAGAUACAGCUGUAGCGGUCCAUCCCAACGACACCCGAUACACACAUCUUCACGGAAAAUACGUGAUCCACCCCUUCCAAAACCGUCGUAUCCCCAUCAUCCCCGAUGAAUACGUUGACCCCGAAUUUGGAACAGGAGCCGUGAAAAUCACCCCUGCGCACGAUCCAAACGAUUAUAUUGUUGGCAAGCGGAAUCAAUUGGAGUUUGUGAACAUCUUUACCGACGAAGGAAGGAUUAAUGAGAAUGGGGCGCCGUUUGGUGGGUUGUUGAGGUUUGACGCGCGUGAGGCUGUGUUGGAAGAGUUGAAAAAGAAAGGAUUGUAUCGUGGGACCAAGGAUAACAAAAUGGUGAUUCCUGUAUCAGAGCGUACCGGUAAUAUCGUUGAACCUUUGCUCAAGCCGCAAUGGUGGGUAAACUGCAAGGACAUGGCACAAGAAGCGAUCAAGGCCGUCAAAUCAGGUCAACUCGAAAUCAUUCCCCAAACCUCUGAAAAGGAAUGGUUCCGCUGGAUGGAAAACAUUCAAGAUUGGUGCAUUUCCCGUCAAUUAUGGUGGGGUCAUCGCGUGCCGGCCUAUUUUGUCAACAUCGAGGGUCAAGACAAUGAACGUAUGGACGGCGCGUUUUGGGUAUCUGGUCGAGAUGAGGCAGAAGCACGUGAGAGAGCUAUAAAACGUUUCCCGGAUGUACCUGCAGACAAGAUAACGUUGGAGCAGGAUGAGGAUGUCUUGGAUACGUGGUUUUCGUCUGGAUUGUGGCCGUUUUCGAUUAUGGGAUGGCCAGAGCAAACGGGUGAUAUGAAUGUGUUUUAUCCUAAUAGUUUGUUGGAGACUGGACGGGAUAUUUUGUUCUUUUGGGUUGCGAGGAUGGUCAUGUUGGGUCAGAAGCUUACUGGACAGAUUCCCUUCAAGCAGGUGUUUUGUCAUGCCAUGGUCCGUGACGCCCAUGGUCGAAAAAUGUCCAAAUCCCUCGGAAAUGUGAUUGAUCCAAUGGACGUGAUUAACGGAAUCAGUCUCCCCCUCCUUCAUAAACGGCUGGAAGAAGGGAACCUGGACGCCCGAGAAAUUAAAAAAGCGCAGGAAGGUCAGAAACGCGAUUUUCCGAAUGGGAUUCCACAAUGUGGGACGGAUGCUAUGCGGUUUGCGCUUUUGGCGUACACGUCUGGUGGAUCGGAUAUUAAUUUGGAUAUUUUGCGGGUGGAGGGGUACCGCAAGUGGUGUAAUAAGCUUUGGAAUGCGACGAGGUUUGCAUUGUUGAAAUUGGGAGAGGGGUAUACGCCUCGGUCAGGCAUUGAGGUUACGGGUAAAGAAUCCAUUGCGGAUCUGUGGAUCUUGGCCAAACUCAAUCAAUGUAUCCGCAAGACCAAUGAAUAUCUGGAGCAGUACAAUUUCAUGCAGGCUACGACUGCAUUGUACCAGUUUUGGUUGUAUGAGCUUUGUGAUGUUUAUCUGGAAACGACUAAAACCGCUUAUUGACGGUACUGACUCUGUAGCCCGCCAAAGCGCGCAAAGACACACUCUACAUUUGCCUCGAAUCCGGUCUCAAACUCCUGCACCCGUUUAUGCCCUUUUUAACCGAAGAACUCUACCAACGCCUCCCACGCCGUCAAAACGACCCACCGUCCAUCAUGAUUGCGCGGUACCCGACUCCAAACCCUACAUGGGAGAACCCAACCGCAGAAGCCCAAUACGACACUAUUACCGAGAUUGUACGUGGAGCGCGAAAGUUGUUGACAGAGUACACUGUACGGGAUGCGACGGUUUUUGUUAAAGUUGGGAAUAAGGAGAUGGAGGGUGUUGUUUCUGGGUUGGCGUUUGUGAUUCAGAGUUUGCUCAAGGGCACCAGUGUGCUGAAUGUGCUCGGAGGGGAUGGUGUCGUUCCCCCUGGAUGUGCGAUUCAGAAUGUUGGAGAGGAUAUUGUGGUGUAUUUACUUGUCAAGGGGUACAUUGAUUUCGAUACCGAAAUCACCAAACUCGAAACCAAACUCGCCAAAGCAAAGGAAAACCUCCAGCUUUGGACGUCAAAGACGUUGGGUGAAGGCUAUUCUCGUGUGAGUGCGAGUGUCAAAGAGUUGAAUGAGACUAAAGUCAAGGGGUUUGAAGCUGAAGUACAGGCAUUGGAAAAGGCUUUGGAGAAUUUUGUAAGGCUGAGGGAUGCAUAGAAUGUAAAUUCGAGCAUGUUAAACAUAGAAAUGACACGUUGGCAUUACAUAAGCUGUACACGUGCUUUUUAUUUUUUUUUGGAGAGGUGGAUAUGGGUUGUUGUGUCACAACUUGCGG